AUGGGUAACCUCAUCUCCAUCGCCCAUGCAGUGUUCAAUCCACCGCCCUGGAGACGCCUGCACAGACCUACCCGGAUUUCCAUCGUCGGCCUCGAUCUCACAAGCAAAUUAGAAAUUCUACGAUACAUCGCCUCAAAAGACUUCGAACAUCCCGAUAUCGUCAUCGAAAUUCCGUCCAUUGGCUUGAUCCUCGAGAUCUUGACAUGCGGCCCGUUGACCAUCACUGCCCUCGACUUGGGGGGCUCAAAGCCAACAAAAUGGACCCGUGACGUGGAUUGGGUGCGCGCCAAUACGGAUGGAAUGAUCGUGCUGGUGGAUUGCCGAGAUCAUGAGCGCUGGCCAGAGUUGGUAUGGGAGCUGAAGCAACAUGGGUUGGGGUCCGAAGAGCUUCGAGGUUGCCCUUUGCUAGCCGUUGGAGAGGAUUCGGGUAUUGAGGGUGAAAUACCCUUAGAAGAUGUCAGGCGGGGAAUUCGCGAAGCGGAGAAUGAGCAUGGCUCGGAGCUCGAAGUUUCUGAAAGGUUAUUUGCCUUGGAGUGGAUGGAAGAUGCUCUAAAUUCCCAAAGCAUACAAGCCGAAGAUUGA